CGUACAGCCGGAAGUGCAUUUUUAUGCGUGUUAAGUUAACUGCAGCAGAUAGAAAACCACUUUUACUGCUUAGUUGGCUUUAAAAAUAUGUAGUUUGUGCAAAAAACGUAUAUAGAUCGAGUACAAAAUGGUUGGAAAAAGCGCGUUGAGCGCAGAAGUGACAACAACAAAGGAACGCCCCGUUUUCAUUCCGCCACGAAAACGUCAACAAAACAAAGCUGAGGCUAAAAAGCAAAACUAUGUGGACCACAUAGUUAAUGUGCAGCAAAAUAGAGCUAAGCUCUCGCCUUCCAAUCCAGGUCUCGAGGAAGAGUUGCUCAAGUCGAAAUUGAUUAUCAAAAAUAAACAGCCGCUGCCUCAGCUGCCAGGUGAACAGGUUGACACAAUUGCCAGCAACAACUCGGCCAGUUCUACACAGCAGAGCAAUAAAUCAACACGUUCAGCCAACAAUCUAAAUGAGCUGCAGAAUUUUGAGUCCGUCUCGCAGGGAACCAAGUCGACAUCACAGCGCCAUGAGAGCAGUACCGUAACACCCAGUAGCUGUUGCUAUUCGGAAAGCAGUCUGGAUGCCAAGCUGAGCAAAUCCCAAGAUUGCCUCAGUCUGAGCAAUCGUUCAUCGUCGAAGAAGCGUGUUAACAUACGCACCUCCGAUUUGCCACAAGUGCGCAGCGGACGUGCCACGCCGGAUAUAGCCAACUAUGAGGAUCUGGAGUCGGGCGAAACAAGUGUGCUGAACACCUAUGAUCAGAGCCUGGAACGUUACCAAACUCGCAAGUCGGCCGGCGAUGGCAGUAACUAUUUAACUAUGACAGGCACCAUUAAAAGGGGUCGCAAGAAGGGUCAGUCCAUUGAUCUACAGAUAAAUAUCAGUCGCGAGGAACUGGAACAGCUCAAUGCUCAUGCCAUGGCCAGUGAGUCGCACAAGGGUCAGAACCUCUGCUGCACUUGUAGCUGUGGCGUUGGUCUACACAUCUUUCUCAUCUCGCUGAUCUGUUUGCCCUUUGUGACUAUUAUCUCGGCUGCUUACUCCUUUUACAUUGGCACGUUGACCUGGUAUAAUAUGUUCAACUACUACUGCGAGGAGAAGUCGUAUUUGCAUAAGAUCUUCGUAACGCCCAUAUUAUUUCUGGCCUAUCCUUUGGCUAUUGUCCUCUGCACCUUUGGCCUGGGCUUGUAUUCGGGCUUUCGGCAACUCAGUCUGCAGUACAGCAGCUGGGUGAAUGACAUAACCGAUAUAGAGAAGGGUUUCUAUGGCUGGUUGUGCGGCUUUUUACACAUGUCCGAUUGCAGCCCUUACGAGGUUGUCAUUCUAACGGAUAUAUGCGUGGCCCCACAAGAUCCCCAGCGCCUGCACAUCAAUAAACCCAGGCAGGAAUUAUCGAUGUAAAACAAAAAACCGGAAAAAAAAGUUUUUAGCAAAAAGCAGCGCAAACCGUCAAAUCCGAUUGAAGUGCUGGGUGCAUUCAUAAAUUUAUUGGGACAACCUUUUAGUUAAAAUUUAUC